GAUUCCAAGGCUCCUCACUCUUGUAGUGUCUGUCUCUCCCGUUCUCCAUUGCCGCAUCUUCAACAACCCAAAACAUCUUGUUUUGUUUCGAUCCUUCUAAUAUCAAUGGAUUUCCACUCUCUUUCAAGGAAGCAGCUACAGGCACUCUGCAAGAAGAACAAGAUUCCAGCUAACAUCACCAAUGCUGGCAUGGCUGACGCUCUCGCUGCUCUCGAUCAAGUUGAAGGAUUGGAUGAGGUUUUGAAUUCAAGCGAGGCUGAUGUUGGAACCCCGAAUGUUAAUCUGCGUACGGCUGGUAGGGCCUCAAGUCAAAGGAAAGCAGCGAGAGCAGAAGUUGAAGGUUCAACGGUGAAGGUUUCGGCCUCCGCCAGGCCUCUACGUGGGGCUAGAGUUGGAGUUGCAUCAGGAGUAACGGAGCAAGAGAACAAAGAUGCCAGUGUUCCGCCAGUUACUCCUGCUGCCAGUAGGAGAAGGGCUACUGCAGUUUCUACUCGUAGAAAGAAAGAAGUUGAGAUUGUAGAAGAUGGUGAUAGGAAUGAUGCAUCGGGAGUAACGGAGCAAGAGAACAAAAACGCCAAUGUUCCACCAGUCACUCCUGCUGCCGGUAGGAGAAGGGCUACUGCAGUUUCUACUCGUAAGAAGAAAGAAGUUGAGAUUGUAGAAGAAGGUGGUGAUAAAAAUGAUGCGCCUAAAACAGUUGCUACAGCUUCCGUUGCUCGGAGAAGAGCUACUAGUCUUUCGAUUUGCACUACCAAGAAUGAGACCGCCGGGGGUAAUUCAGUGCAGAGAACAUAUAGCACGAGGAGGUCGGUUAGAUUGUUGGAGAAUGGAUUGUCUAACAUGAGUUUGGUUGACACUGAAGACACUGGAUUUGUCAAGAUUGAUGGUGAUGAUGUUUCUCAAGAACUGAGUAAUGUCUCGAACCAAGUGGAAGACUCGUGUAAUACUGAAGAAGGAUCUAGUUUGCAGAUGGACUCGACUGUGGUUUCCGAAGAUACUGAGGAGUCCGAAGUCUGCUUUGUAGAACAAAACACUGGAUAUGAAUGCCAAUCACACGAGUCUGCUUCAGAUGUGAAAUUAGUUUCUGUGGCUGAAAAUGAUACGGUGGUUGGACCACAUGGUUCAGAGGAAGUUGAACCGGAGAAAAUCAACUGCUUGGAGUUGGGGGCUGAACCAAAUGCAUCAGAUGCAGCAGGACCUGACCCUUUUCUUGAUCUGGAGGAAACUUGUGAUUCCUCGGACCUAGAAACUGAAAAUAAGGAAUGCGUUGGAGCCUGCCAAGAAAGUUUUCCCGUCGAGGCAUCCGCAGAUGCUAUGGUACCUGAUAACGUUUCGGUGGAUGUUACUGAUCACAUUUCAGGACCUGACUCGUUACUUGAUCUGGAGGAAACUUGUGAUUCCUCUGACCUAGAAACUGAAAAUAAGGAACGCGUUGGAGCCUGCCAAGAAAGUUUUCCCGUCGAGGCAUCCGCAGAUGCUAUGGCACCUUAUAACGUUUCGGUGGAUGUUACUGAUCAAGGUGUUGCUGGUUCGCUUUCUAUGAUAACUGAUUGCAAGAUUUAUGAUGAAGUCAGCAAUAAGAGUGGUGACCAAGUCAGCAGUGAUGAAGAUGUCAACAAUGGCGCUAUGGUCAGGCAAAAGGAACAAGUUGAGCUCAUGGAUGGAAAAAUCAGCCAUGAGGGCGAUGAUAAAGAAGAUAAGAACAAUGAGCCAGAAGUGGAGGAUGAAUCAGAUUAUUCUAGUUUACUGGAAGGAAGUUCUGAUUCAUGUGAUAGAGCUGAUGAUCAAGGUUCCGAAGUGUUACCUUUACUUGAGGAUAGCACUGUGGCAAAGCUAGAGGUUUUGCCUCCUGAGGCAUCUGAAGCUCAAGUGGAGGUUACUUACCAAGAUACUCCAACUUUGACUGUCGUGGUUGCUGACGAGGAUGUCGCUGCCUCGAUCACCUCACCUGUCGGUGAUGCUCCAACGGGCGUAAAUGAAACUAUGGAGCACAACACCGGCCAUGUUAACCAGGAUGUGAAGGAUGAAACCGAAGAAGAUGAAGAGUACCAGCAUCUUCUUGCUGUUGAGGACAAAGAUGCCAAGGAAAGUGGCUCGAUGAUUGGUUCUGAAGGGGUUCCCGAGCUCGACUCAAUUUCUAGUUCUGCCGGUGAGCUCCAAGAGGAAGAAUUGAAAGAAGUUAAACCAGAGGAGAUGGAAGCAGGGACACACAGCGUUCCUGAUGUUACUGAGGCACAAGCGGAAGAAUCCGAGGAACCUGUAACAGGACAGGUUUCAGUUGAAUCUGCUUCGGGUCCUAUUGAUGGCGAGGUUGUUUCUGAAGAAAUUUCUGCCAUCCCAGACCAAGAUAACAUCAUAGUCUCUUCGGAAAACGUGUCCUCUGAUGCUCCGGUUCAAUCAGUUGUUUCUGACCCAUUGAAGGAAAAUAUGACAUCUCAUGAUCUGCAUAACAAGACCAUGGGGGAACUUAAGAGAAUGCUGAAGAGUUUAAAGCUAGUUGAUGAAAAAUCAAACUGCAACAAGACUCCUCAUAAGGAAGUGGAUAAGAAAAGAACUGCAUUGCAGGUACUGCCACAGAAUCGGAUGACAAGUGGGGAAGCUCAGAUUGAUGACUGAAUUAUCAUAGAGAAAACUUGAAUGAACUUUGAAAUUUUGCACUCUCCAAAUAAAUCUUUCAGAUGUUUCAGCAUAGGACCAAACCUUUGGUUUGGUGUUCUAUAGCUGUUCUUAGUCACUUGGCAGAUUUUUCUUGUAAUUUUGCUGGUUGCAAGAACUAUUUCGUCUGGAAUUUUUAUUUUCGAUGCACCAAUAGUGCCUUUUUAGUAUAUCCUAAUUA